CACUCGGUGCCUUGAUUCUGCCGCGGAGUGAGACGUCUUCUGGUGCAUAGAGGAUCUUUGUGUUUCUGUCAACGUUGCCUGCUCGUGUAGACGUAGUGAAAGCGGCCCGAUCUCAUUUGUGAGACCGCUCCCUCCUCCAUCCUCAGCCCGAGGAAAGCCGAACACACUGCGCUCAAUCUGAGACACGAACAUUGAAGCGUCCACGAGACAAGAGCGGGAUUUUGUUCGUUUGUUUGUUUGUUUGCCGUGUUCGCGUCGAUCAGAGAGAUCGGAGAGAGCAGGAGGGUGGAGGACCGCCGCUGUCAUGAAUUCAUAGACGCCGCUGAUUUAAACAGACAGGAGGAAAAGGGUCGAUUUUCUUGGACAAGACGACGCGGAUAAAUCACGGAUCGAAUGAAGUGGGAAUAUAACGCGCGGUGGACGACGGACGUGAAUUCACUGUCAAACCACGGUGUCAUGCCAGGAACCAGGAAGAGAAACUAGCAGAGUGGAUGCUGCUGCUGCUGCUGAUGAUGCUGCUGCCUCCUCCAGUCAACUGCAUCAUCAGCAAAAACUGUGGCCUGCUUUCAUUUCAUCUGAUACUGAGCAGUGUCGCUCACUUUUAACGGAAAUAUCCUUUAUUUCAUUAUUUAUUUACUCUGUGGGCGCUUUAGUUUUUAGUUGUUUGUUUUGUGCUCAAAUCCUGGCAGAUAUUCAUUACUUCAAGGGACCGUCCACACGGAAGCCACUCCAAGUGAAGCUGCUCUCUUUUUUCAUGGGAAAAUCUUUUAUGUGGAUAGAAUAAUUUCCUGAAACAACGCUGUGUUUACAGAGAACUUUAAAAAAAAAAAAAGAUUAAAAAAAAGAUUCAUAGUCCAGAGGAGGUGCAGGAGUGUUCUCUCUCUUUUAGAUCACUUGUUUUACGUAAAACUAAAAGACUAUAAUGGCCCACUGAACCAUUACAAUUACUCUGCACGACCUAAAGAAACCCACACAUCUUUCUGACUUGACUCUUUUGUGAUGCUGGAUGUGGUGAAGAUGAAGGAGGUGUGCAGAAUCUGUGCUCGUGAGCUCUGUGGCAACCAACGCCGAUGGAUUUUCCACCCAACGGCCAAGCUCAACUUGCAGGUGCUGCUUUCCCACGCUCUGGGCCGUGAAUUGACUCGGGACGGCCGCGGGGAGUUUGCCUGCUCCAAGUGCACCUUCAUGCUGGACCGCAUGUACCGCUUCGACACAGUGAUAGCCCGAGUAGAGGCCCUGUCUCUGGAGCGGCUCCACAAGUUGCUGCUGGAGAAAGAUCGACUGAGGCAGUGCAUUGGAGGACUGUACUGGAAGAACAACACUGUGGGUGGGGAUGUAUCUCUGGCUGGGCCUGGAGUGGGGGUCGCUGUGACUCAGGUGGAGUCCGAAGACUCAACUGUGGUUGAUCUAUCAGCCCUCCAGGAGGCAAGAUAUUCUGAUAUGAUCCAGGAUGAUCUAGCUUUUUCCGUGUUUGAGUCAUGGGCUGAUAAAGACGAAGACUCUGCCCUGGACAACCAGCACCACCAUCUCCACCACUGCACAGGUGGAGACUCCCUGUCUGGCCAGAAGCCGAGGCGGUGCAGAGGUUGUGCGAUCCUCCGUGUAGCAGAUUCUGACUAUGAGGCCGUUUGUAAGGUGCCUCGCAAGGUUGGUCAAAGGAGCACAUCCUGUGGACCAGCUACCCGCUACUCAACAACUCAGGGAGUUGAGGAGCCAACUAAAGCCUCUGAAACUACAACCUUGGCCUUUGAUUCUCCUUCAUCUGGUUUGGACACUGAUAGCACUUUGUUCAACCAAAUGAGUCCCAGUCCAGUGUCUUCUGUGGAAUCUUUGGACACUGCCGUGGACGUCAGUUGUUCUCCUGCAUAUACCAAAGUGAGGGAAGAAUCAGAAACAGACAGUGCUCCAGCAAGAAGGGACACUCAUUUGGAAAGUGCCCCAAGUGAGAGCUCCCUCUCUGGGCUUGAGGUGAUGCUGAGUCUCCUGAGGAACUGGAAGUACCAGCCACUGAAGCCUCAAAGGGGCAGCAAACUCCCAGUUCUAGUCAAAGCCAAAUUGGAGCAAGGCAUUUCCCGGCAUCUGUCCAUCUCGUUGAGGUCAUCCUGUGGAGGGGCGGCGGACAGUGAGCUGUACUCUCUUCUGUCUAUACCAGAGGUUGUGACCCCAUGUCCCCAGCAGGACCUGCAGACUGAGCUGGCAGAGAUGGAGGACCAGUGGCUGGAUGAUUAUGUUCAAUGUGGGCCAUUCCGCUUUCAGCAGAGGCUCAUUUAUGAGCAGACGGGUCAGCUGGGUCACGAUGAGAGCACUGCAGGUCAGUGUAUGGGUAACCUGCAGAAAGCCCAGCAACAGGUCCACUCACUGCAGGCCAAGAUCAGAGAGAGUGACAGCAGGAACCAGAAGUUGCAGGAACGUCUCAGUGACGUGGAGCUGGAACUGCGUUUGGCCCAAGAUGAAGCCCAGCAACAGGAGCGAAACAUCCAGAACAUCAGUGAUAUCACCAGCUCAAAGGAGGCAGAGGCUGCAGAUCUUCACAGGGUGAUUGGGGAGCAGAAUAAGAUGCUGUGUUCUCUCAAAGAGCUCACCAACCUGCAACAGCUCCAGGCGUCAGGGGCAGAAAGUGUUCAAGGUCAGAGUGAGCUGCUGGCUCUGCAGGUCUCUCUCUUCCAAGCUCAGCUGGAGCUGCAGGCCCAGGACCGGGCACAGCGGCAGGCAGCAAGGACACAGGAAGACCUAAGCCAAGCCCUGCAGAGGCUGGACAAUGACCUGCAGGGGGCGCUGCAGCACAGGAGGGAGACAGAGAAGCAUAACCAGGAGCUGCAGUUGGCUCUGGAGAAGGCUCGACUGGUCCUGCAGGAGAAAGAGGAACAGCUGAGAGAGGCUGAGCAAGAGAGACGGAGGGAGGAGGAGGAGAGAGAGAAGAGCAUCAGAGAGCUGAGGACGUCUCUGCAGACCAAAGAACAGCUGCUGGAGGAUUACGAUGAGCUCCUGGAGGAGCAGCAGAGGGAGAAAAGAGACUUCCUGCUUCAGAAACUCCACCAGCGCAUCAGGGAGCGCGAUCGAGCUCUGGAGCGAGCAGUGGAUGAGAAGUUCCUCUGUGUGGAGGAGAAAGAGGAGGAGGCUCGACGGCUUCAGCUGCUGCUCCGAGAGAAGGAGAGAGAUCUGGAGAGACAGCGCUGUGUCCUGCUCAACAACGAGGAGACCAUCACUAGCCUGGAGCUGCUGCUGCGAGGUAAAGCUGCAGAGCUGGAGCAGAUGAGCGACGCCUGGAGGAACGUUCAGCGGCAGCAGCAGCACAGUGAAGAGAGACAGAGCCAUGCCCUGAGGGAGAGAGACACUAUCAUCGGCCAGCUGCAGGAGGCGCUGCACACUAGCACUCAGGAGGCACAGGAUCUGCGCUGCUCUUUGUUGGCUCAGAUCCACUCCGCUCCGGGCAAUGUUCUGGAGGAGUUGAAGGGCCGCCUCCAGCUCAAAGACCGCCUCUUCCAAGAGGUACUUGCCGACCGAACUCGUCAGGCCCAGGAGCACCAGGAUCAGGUCCAGAGUCUGCUCACUGCCCUCAGCUCCAGGGACCAGUACAUUCAGGUGUGUGGAAAGCAGCUGGGUGAGGUGAUGACAGAGCAGACGUCCAGGAUCCAGGAGCUCCGCAGACAGCUGAGCUCAGGUCUGGGGUCGAGUACCGACCCUGGAACAGACUUGGCCAUGGAGCUCCAGGUUGUGCAGGAGGAGCUGUGUGUGGCUCUGAGGAGGGAGAAGGAGAACCAGGAGCUGAGCCGGAGUCAGGCUGACCAACUGGACUCCCUCAGCAGGAAGCUGCAAGUCAAGGACGUGGUCAUUAGGGACUUCCAGAGGCAGCUGGUGGAUCCUUCAGACCUCCCACUGGUGGAGCGACUGACCCAGGAGGUUCAGGAGCUGAGGGAGAGCCUGGUACAGCAGGAUGGUGGCCUCCCAGCCGCAGGCCCUGACCUCCUGGGCCGUAACCGGCUCAAUGGCAGGCAGCCUGAGUUUGGAGAACCCAGUUCAGAGGACGAGGCAUAUGAUGAUGUGGACAGUGUUGAUAAAGCAGAGCGGAGGGUCCAGUCACUGACCGACACCAAGAGCUGUACACGUCCAGGAACUGCUGCAGCACAGGAUGUGUUAUUUGAAAGCCAAGGUCUGUUGGAGGUCAAGGAGCUGGUGGAGCAGAAAAGGGCAGUGGAAAGAGAGCUGAAUGAGCUGAAGCUUCAGCUGGAGAAGAGCGGCUUCUCCUCACUUUCACAGAUGAGGAAAGCUCUGUUCAGCCUCCAAGCGGAGAAGGAAGAAUUAAGGCAUCAGCUGACUGAAGGUCUGCAGGCCAACAGGAAACAUACUGAUCACCAGCAGCUUUUGGAAAGAGAGAACGACGAAGAGAAAGAGGAGGAGCUGGAUGUGACCAUCGAAGGCUCAGAGAUGUGGGAGGCCUGGGACAGUGAGCUGCCCGUGCCACACUCCAACAUCCAGAGCAGUGAGGAGCAGCGGAGCAGACCCCAGUCACUGCAACAACUCACCACCUCCUCACAGGCCGCUGAGCGGGACAGUCGUCUGCAGCAGAAGAGCACAGAGUUGAAGGAGAGGCUGACAGUACAGGCUCAGACCGAGCAGCUCAACACCACAGCGGGGGCGACGGUGCAGCGGAACAGUAAGCUGAUCCAGGUUGACCUGCAGGACCCGGGCUAUGAAACCUGCGGCCGCAGCGAGAACGAGGCUGAGAGGGAGGACACCAGCAGUCCAGAGUUUGAUGAUCUGGAGAUGUGCACAUCUCUUGACUGUGGCUCUCAGUGGUGGCCUGCUAACAGCAGCAGCAGCUCUGCUUUUACAAAAGCCACUACCCACGGCUCUGGUGAUGGAGAUGAGGUGUCAUCUCUCCAGCGCCUUGUCGAGGACCUUCGCUCACAGCUGUCCCGCUCUCAGGGAGUCAUCCGGGGCCUCCAGGGCCGCCUGGCCUCCUUCUCUACGUGCAGCGACUAUGGAAACUCCACCACGCCUCGCAAAGUCAACUGGUGCGUCCAGAACUCACCCGCGCAGAGCGGCACAGAAGACGAUGAGGGCUGGCAGUCCUCAGACGGGGGUCUACUGGCUUCACCUCAUCACCCUCACUCAGACAAGGGCCUCCAGGAGCUGGUGUCUCGGGUGGAUGCUCUGGAGAACCAGCUGAGGAGAGGAGGGAAGAAGUCUGUGGACCAGGAUGGAAUAUCUGCUAAAGGUCCAGGAAAAUUCGACACUCUGAUCCAGGCUCAGGCCAGAGAGCUGUCUCACCUCCGUCAGCGGCUGCGGGAGGGUCGCAGCGUCUGCAACAUCCUCACCCAGCACCUCGGAGACACCACCAAGGCCUUCGAGGAGCUGCUGAGGGCCAACGACAUCGACUACUACAUGGGUCAGAGCUUCAGGGAGCAACUGUCUCAGAGCAGCUCUCUGGCACAGAGAGUCGGCGCAAAGAUCAGUGGACGAGAUCACCCUGAAGAUCCAGAUGAGAAGACAGAGCUGCUCGCCAUCCGGCUCAGUAAGGAGCUGCAGCAAAAGGACAAAGUCAUCGAGUCUCUCCGCGCCACACUACACCAGCAUCAUCAUCAUCAUCGUCCUCCGUCUCAUGGUUCUGACACGCCCUGCAGCAGCCACGCCCUCUCCGAUGUCACGGACCAAUCCGAUCGCAUCUCCUACGUGUCCGACGACCGUGGAUCGACAAACGGGGACGUGGAGGUUCGCUCCAACGCGGACAUCAUCAACGGGCUUAGCCGGAAGGAAAUACCGACUUCUGCCCGAGUCAGCUCAGACUGCCACUCUCUCCACAGUAGCACCACAUCACACCAUCAUCCAUCUGCCCCUCCAUCCAUCACCUCAUCCCACAGAACCCAGUCCUGCCUCAGCUGUCCCAGCAUGCAUUGCCCCAGCUCUCCACACACAACUGCUGACAUGAAGAGUAAGACAGCUCCUGCUUCAGUCUUCACCUCUGCCCCCUUGUUCCCUCCUCCCUCGUCCACUGCACAAACUGCACCCUUGCCCUCCCAUUCCCACCCAGCCACCAUGCGAACCCGUUACCAAGGCAGCGGCACGGGAGCAGGUUUCUCCUUAGCUGAGGUGCAACGGGAGCUGCAGAUGUUACAGAGGCAGCUGGGAGACAGUGAGAGGUUCUCCACCCCCCAGUCCAAACCGCUCCACGGUUUCCCGUUCACCCACCAGCAGUCCGACCCCUCUGCCUUCGUGCCACUCCCCUUCCAUGGAUACCAGCCUUCUCCUUUCACAAGCAAUCUGGAUGCCAGCUUUGCCAUGAAAGCCGGGGCCAGCCUGCUGGAGAGCAGUGCAUUGUGGGAUAAGACCUACGGGCUCCGAGCAUCGCGACUCGGAGCCGACCUGUCGUCAGGAUCAUCAGGGUACCAGUCAGGCACCAGCCACACAGGUUCAGACCUGAUGAAAGAGCAUCUGAGGGAGGUGAGGACUCUGAGGCAGAGACUGGAGGACUCCAUCCAGACCAACGACCGCCUCCGGCAGCAGCUGGAGGACAGACUGGUCCACACUGCCGCUGAGAAAGGUGCUCCGACCAACAUCUACAUCCAGGGUCUGGACUCCGUUGGUCAGCUCUCCUCUGAGAUCAGACUCCUGAAAGAGGAGAACGUCAGACUGCAGAAGCAGCUGAAGCAGACCACUGCCGAGGGCGGUAAGGAGGUGGAUCAGCUGAAAGAAGCGGUGCUACAGGAGCAGAGCAGGUUGAGGGAGGCAGAGCUUGAGGUGGAGCGAUGGGCGGAGCAAAGCAGGAAGUUGCGAGCCGAGGCUGAAUCUCACGACCAGGAGAUAACACAACUGAAACAGGAGCGACAAAGGAGUCACGAAACCAUCAACAGACUCCAGCAGCAGCUGAGUGAGAACCACAGCCUCGUCCACUCUCUUCAGUGUCAGCUGCACACGUGUCGCAGGGAGGGCGGAGUCACCAGCAGCACACAUUUGGGUCAGUCAGGACACAGCGGUGUCACCUUUGACCUGGGUGGAUGGCCUCGAGCCAAGAGACAACUCUUUAACGAUAACGCUCUAUCUCCUCCUGUAAGAAACGCUGGACUCAUCAGUCCCUCCUCUCCUCUGCAUCCUGUCCACAAACAAACAGAAGAGACUGGAGCUGAAGAUCAUGCCUGUGUUUCUUCUACCAGCCAUCAUGGCUGUCAUGCAGUGGGCCACAUUGAUGACUUUAAUGCCCUGCAGCAGCAGAUCCUGGAGGGCAGCACCUUGCUCUGCAAGAUGAAGGCCGCCCUGUCUACCUCCUCUGUGCUGCAGGAGUUCAGCCUUCAUCAGCCUUCAGACUCAAUGAAGAAGCUGCUGUUGGACACUGAAACCCUGCAGCAGAUCCUGGAGGAGGCCCACUCUCUGCUCCAGAUGUUCUGGAGAGCAGCUCUGCCAAACGCUGAGGAAACCAAAGAGGGUGAGUCUUUGACAGAGGAAGUGGCUUCUCUCCGUCUGAGGCUCUCAGAGCAAGAGCAGGCUCUAAAGGACGCCAUGGAGAGCCUGAGGAGCUCCAACCGCACCAAAGACAGCAUGGAGCACUUUAUAGUCAGCCAACUGUCGAGGACACGGGACGUCUUGAGGAAAGCCAAGACAAACUUACAGUCUUCUCAGGAGAACCGGCUGAGGAUUUCUUCCCUUGGCCAAGCCUCUUUCACAAAUCCUCCCCCCUCCCCCUCUUCCAUUUUCCCCUCCUCUUCUUCCUCCUCUUCCUCACGCCCCUGGCCUGUUAAAGGUGAAAACACAAGAGGCUUCUGUGAGCUCGCCUUCUCUCCUGGUUGGAGUGUCCUGAUGAAGCCCCAAACCUCCACCUCCAUCCUCUCGUCCUCCUCUGCUGUAGUGGGACCUGCUUGUCACUAGUGCCCCCUGCAGGCAGCCUUUCUGUAGCGCACCAGCCUGUGGAGAAUCCUGGCUCUCUGAUUGGCUGGAGAAACAUUUCAUUUCAUUUGAAUGAUGGACUGUAUAUGAAUGGAUGCUUGUGUUGUGUUAGAUUUCUGCUUUGGUUUUAAUAAGCUACGUCGUAAAGGGACAAGAACACGUGGGUGACGAGUCACGUCACACAAUCCAGUAUUUAAUAGAUGUUUAAUUUAAUAAACACAGGGAAAAUUAAA